AUGACAUCAUCGCGUCCGCAGGCCAACGAGACGGAUGCGUUCAUAAUGGAUCGGUGGUUGGGAGUGGUGAACGAGCCUCCGUGCCCUCAGUACGAGUUCGGCGACAUCGAGGUGAUGGCCAAGUCGGUGUGUACCCAUCAGACCAUAUUGGUGCUGGAGACGCCCAUGGUGAUGGCCAGGGCCAUGAGUCACCAGAACGGGUGCCGAGUCAUGUCGGUGGGUGGCCGGUCGUCACGCGGUCGCUUACGCAUCGGUGUUGACGGCCAAGGGGUCGCCGUACACGCCACUGAUAAACGAGAUGUAAGUAUACGCAAUGCAUAG